CCAAUGGGGGAGGUUGGAUGGUUCCAUGGUCCCUUAGAGGUCGUGUGAGUUGCUCCCUCUAGUCUGGGAGCAGGAGGUUCCCGGGUGACCCCACCACGGCCUGUGACCUGGACCACAAACUGUGGCCUGAGCCCUGGGCUGCCACCUGAAUCCUGUGACGCGCUCCCAGCGAGCUCCGAGCCAGCACUGUGAACAACCCGACUCACCGAACCUUCCUGUCCCCCAGGGGGCGCCGUCGGGGGGCUCCUAGGGGCCUGGAUGACCAGCGGGCAGUUUAAGCCGGUCCCUCAGAUCCUCAUGGAGCUGCCGCCCGCCGAGCAGGAGAAGCUGCUCAACCAGGUCACAGCCAUCGUCAGGCACCUGGAGUGGACGGACGCCGUGCAGCUCACCAUGCUGGUCAUGGGCAGCGAGGCCCUGCAGGAGCGGCUGCUGGCGCUGCUCGUCGGCUACGUCACCAAGGAGCUGCAGGCCGAGGUGCAGUACGGAGACUAGGCUCGGGCGGGGGCACCGGACUCGGGGAGCGCCUGGGGGCCCUGUGCUGGGGCCUGUUCUGGAAAAUGCUGAUGAAGACGCCGUGGGCGCGGCCCGUGAGGAGCUG